AUUGACCACAAAGGGACAAACGUGAAAAAAAAAGUAAAAAUCAAGGACAGAAGUGAAAAUCACCAACACUUAACCAUGUGAAAUGGGAAGUGAGAGUUGGAAAAAAAACAAUGCAUAUCUACAAUUUGAAAGAAAUGAAACUUCACAGCCAAACGAGAAGUUAAAAGAAAUUGCAUUGUCACGUUAAGGUGAGAAAAAGUGUGGGCUACUUACAGGUGGAGCAGCACAGACCUCCUAUUCUGCCGGCCUGUUUUGUUAUGCAUUGCCUCGCCUGCUGGACCUGUUUGCUUUUCCUGUCAGGUUGCUCAGCCCAUGACAAUAAUAGAGCUACUGCAUCAACACCACCUGGGAGAAAUAUCACAGAUGCCACUUCAUUUACUUCUUACACGCACAGCAGGGUUGACUUGACAAGUCUAGCAGGUUCACACAGCAGUGUGUCAGAGUGUGAAUAAAAAGGGGGGGUGAAAAGGAGAAAAAUAAAGUUCACAGCACAAAAACGUACUAUGUUUCCUUGUUAUCCCUACAUAAAUUAUUCUUUUAGCAGGUUGCUUGGUUAAAUUGGCCUUUAAGGGAUGUAAACUGUUGGAUUUGAUUGUCAGAGAAGAAGACAUGUGAGAUAAGAAAUGUAAACACAACUGUGGGUGUGUCCAAAGCUCUCUUUCCUUUCUCACACUGUCAGGUCGUAUAUAAACCCUGUUAAACCUGGUGUUGCCCACACACCUGCAACACACAUAUCCACUCUGCACUUCACCUGUGUCUGGUGUUGCUGUGUGAACAUUGUUCACCUUUGGACUUUAAACAAAGUUUCCUUCCUUCCGGGAAACUUGGACUUCAACCUCACCUUUGCUGUUUAAGCUCUCAGGUUGGCGCUGUCUUCUUCUGAGGGAGUAAAACUGGGGGACAGAUUCUUUCUGAACUAGUCUCACAUCUUGUGAGUCACUCAAGCGUCUACAGGUGGAUUAUCUUUGCUUUUCUGGUUGGAAUUGGAGGGGUGGAAGCGCUGCGACUGUUUCGGUCUGUGUGGGUGGGAGCUGUCCCAUUGGCCGAAAAUCUGGGCAAGAUGAUGCAGGAGGUGUCCUUGGUGACGGCCUAUGAUGCCCAUGCUUAUGAGCAGAUGAGUGAGGAGGAGAUCCUCGCCUGUCUGGUCGCUGAAACUGAACCUACGUUCAACGUCCCCACAAAGAAAGUGAAACUUGGGGCAAGUCGACUUCAAAUCAUGGACGAUGACCCUUUGGACGAAUACUUGAAAGAAAACCGUCGACUUCAGCAGGCCAGCCUUCGUCUGGAGCAGGAAAAUGAUAGUUUGGCCCACAGACUAAUCACCAGCAAGGUUGCAUUGAGGAAUGCUCUAGACAAGGCAGAGGACAGAGUGGAAGAGCUAACCAAAGACCUUCUUCAGGCCCAUCAUCAACUGCAGGCCACAGAAGAAGAGAAAAGAAGCAAAGAGGAAGAAGCUGCCAUGCAGAAGGAAGUGUUUCAGAGAGAGCUGGAGAGGGCUGAGCAGGAGAUUAAAAAAUAUUCUGGUGUCAUCUUAGACUAUAAACAGAUCUGCUCUCAGCUGACGUUGCGUCUGGAGAGGCAGGAGGCCGCCCACAGAGAGGAGUUGGAGGCACUCAAGAGCACAAUAGAGGCUUGUUCCCAAUGUCGACACAUUUCAGAAUCAAUCACGGCAGGCCAUAGCUCUGAAACAGCAAUGUCUAUGGAGGGCCUAGAGGUGACUGAACAAGGCAGGCAGGGGUUCAAUGAAAGACCCCCACGGGUAGACCGCAUUAGGGAGAACCAGGAGAAGGAGUCACUAAAGGCCCAGAUCACAGAACUGGAAAAGGAGCUGGCCCAGACUAAACUGCAAGUGGUGGAGACCAAAUGCAAGAUUCAGGAGCUGGAGCACCAGAAUGGAGUCCUAGCCAACGAUCUCCAGGAAACAAAAAACAACUGGAUCAGUAAGGCCUUAACAUCACUGCGGACCACCACGGGGGGACAUCACAGCAUUGGCAUGCACAGAGAGGGCCCUGCAACCCUGAAUUGGAACCUCCACACUUCCUCCCUUUCAGGAUGGACUCCUAAGAAGCUGUCGUGGCCUCACAAAGAACAUUCAAAAAAUGUUUGAAUGGCUGGACUGUGUGUGUGUAGAUAACAUUCAUUUGGAGGAUGAGGAACUUUAAAAUUCUACUAAAACCUGCACAAUCAUGAACUUUUAGGUACUGUGUAUACAAAAACUACUCUGUAUUUCCACUAAAUGGCAGCCUAAAGCACCAAAACUUGUCUGAGGAGAGUACCUUGGAGCACACGUGGUGUCACAGGGACUUUCUAUCAUUUUAAAGCAACUGUUGUUUAUUAAUGUCAUUAUGUAUUCUCCAUCUAUCAUGCACAUUUUGAAAUGACAAAUCUUUAUCUGUAAUUAUUUCAAAAUCAAUAAAGUUCAUGUGAUCUCCUCA